AUGGAUGCUGCCUCCACGCUGAGCGGGACGGCCACAUCCCAAGACACGUCGGCCUUUUCUUCGUUUGCCUCGACGGCUGCUGUACCGCCGUCCGCCUCGCCAUCCGCCAAGCCCUCGAAUACCUCGACUGCGCCCACCAUGCCUGCCCACCACGAAGUCUCGAAAACCGUGCAGACCCAACUGCUGGAUCCCUUCGCCGCCCUUGGCCAGCUCUCGUACGCUCCGACGACCCAGACAACCGUUGUCACAACCACCACCACAACAACGACGUCUUUCCCCCCUUUGAUUCUCAACGCCCCUCGCCACCUCCGCGAGCGCGACCCCAAACAAUACCCCCUGGCCGCCUCUCCCACGCCGCAGGCAAUCAGGGAUUUUAGCUUCAGCAUCGGAGGGAGGGAGGCUCGCUUCCGUGAGGCAGACGACGCCCAGAGUACUCUUGACGAGUAUACCCAUUACUAUGCAGCUUUGCAAUCCGCCAACGGCACGCUGUCCGGGGCAGAAGCUUCGGAAUCGAAGCUUGACACUCCGAGCCGAGCAACGAAGCGGAAGGCCAUCACCGAAGCGCCGGAACCCCCUGCUCGCAACCCCAAGAAACGAUCCGCAUCGCCCGUGUCCAUCGCCGAAGCAGCCGAGCUAGCCAGCUCGGCGGAUCUUCCUCCUCUCACCCGCAAUAAUUCUUCCCAGACAGCAAGGUGCCUCGAUACAACCGCACCUGCCACGCCGGACACUGAUGCUGGUAGCUCGGGACAGUUGAAGAUACCUAAGAGCAUGUCAGAGGAGUGGCGAUCGCAGGCCAGAGAUUCAGGAUCCCGCUCAUCGAACGAUGCUUCGGUAGGCGCAAAGGAGUCGUCCGAUGCGCGAGACACCCAAUCUGCUGGCCUGGGAAUCGAGGAAGCGAUUACAGGGGUCUCGGCUACACCACCUAUUGCCGAAACGGACCUGGAGCCGAUUGUGCCUGUCGAGGAGGAAGCGGAAAGACGUCCCAGGACCGCACGUCCUAAUUCGCUUCAGAAUCUGGCUGCGCAAGACGCUAGCCUUCCCAGCCCCUCUCUUUCUCCGAUCACUGCAGCCGCUAAUCUAGCUCAUCAUGCGAACUUCCCAGGCCUACACGGGGUUGAGGACGAUGAUGACGAGAAUGAUGUCUCGAGCUUGGACAUCGAGCGUGAGAAAGGGGAGGAGAAAGUGGAUCCGAAGAGCCUCGAACUGGACCUGAAGCGCCAGAACUCGGCGGAGUCGACAUAUGCUCUCAAACGCGAGGACAGCGACCAGGAGCUUGUGGGACCGACGAUUAUGGACAUUCCAACCAUGGUUGAUGCCUUUGAUGCCAUGCCCGACGACUUAAAGACAUACGUUAUGUACCAAUUUCUUCGACGAUGCGCCAAGCCGACUCUACAUUUCGUUGCCAACACGGUCAACCCGGCGCUGAAGAUUGAUUUCCUUGGCCUUCUUCCGUUGGAGCUGAGUUUGAACAUUAUUUUGCAUCUUGAUGCGCAAAGCCUGUGCAGAGCAGCACAGGUGUCGAAGAAGUGGCGGCAGGUGAUCAACUCGGACGAGAAAGCAUGGAAAAACUUGCUGGACAAGGAUGGAUACGUGCUUCCGGAAGGCGAAUUGGAGCGUGCUAUAAGAGAAGGCUGGGGUUGGCAGUUCGGGCAGGACAGCUGGGAGCGGGAUCUCAGUGGCUCGUCGAUGCUGGGGGCUGUAUCGGACAGCGAGACCUCUGCCCUGUCAUCACCUCAGAAUGCGCUGACCAUUGCCGGCUCUACACGUCCAAAGCGCAAGGCGUCGAGCAAAUACGCAACCAGCAGCAAGAGGCGCCGCGUGAAGGGCCCGAGUGCGUCGCCCCCCAAGUCUCAGCCUCAGACCUCGGGUGUUCUGUCGUCAUUCGCCAGCGCACACGGGCCGAUUGCUUACGCCAACGCUGCUGCCUUAGCUGUCCCGAACCCCAACAUUGGUCUCCCCACCUUGAGAAAUCUUCACUUGUUCAAGUCGCUUUACCAACGACACCAUCUUAUUCGGAAAAGCUGGAUGGACGUCGACACGAAGCCGAAGCAUAUCGCGUUCCGCGCUCAUCAGCGGCAUGUAGUAACAUGUCUGCAGUUCGACACGGACAAGAUUCUUACCGGCAGUGACGACACGAACAUUAACGUUUAUGACACGAAGACUGGUGCGCUCCGCAACCGGCUCAGCGGACAUGAAGGAGGUGUCUGGGCUCUGCAAUACUGGGGAAAUAUCCUGGUCUCAGGUUCUACGGACCGAUCGGUGCGAGUGUGGGACAUCGAGAAAGGCAAGUGCUUGCAAGUAUUCCAAGGCCACACCUCGACCGUUCGUUGUCUUGUGAUCCUCCAGCCGACCGAGAUCGGCAAAGAUGCGGAAGGCAAGCCUAUCAUGAUGCCCGAACGCCCGCUCAUCAUCACCGGCUCCCGUGAUUCUAGCCUGCGCGUCUGGAAAUUGCCAAAUAUCGAGGAUCCUUCCGUUUUCCAGACCGGUGCGCCGACCAAUGAUCGUGAAAACCCAUACUUCAUCCGCGCUCUUACCGGACACCACCACUCAGUCCGCGCCAUUGCUGCCCAUGGCGAUACUUUGGUCAGCGGUUCGUAUGACACGAGUGUGCGUGUCUGGAAGAUAUCUACAGGCGAAGUACUCCACCGUUUGAACGGCCACACGCAAAAGGUUUACAGCGUUGUUUUGGAUCAUGCUCGUAACCGAUGCAUUUCUGGUUCCAUGGACAACCUUGUGAAGGUGUGGUCGCUCGAAACGGGCGCAUGCCUUUUCAACCUCGAAGGCCACACCUCACUCGUUGGAUUGCUUGACCUCUCACAUGAGCGGUUGGUUUCCGCCGCCGCCGACUCGACGCUUCGCAUCUGGGAUCCUGAAAAUGGCCAGUGCAAGGCGACUCUCACGGCACACACGGGCGCAAUUACUUGCUUCCAACACGACGGCCAGAAGGUCAUCAGCGGCAGCGACCGGACUUUGAAGAUGUGGAACGUAAAGACGGGAGAGUGUGUGAAAGACCUUUUGACAGACUUGAGCGGCGUCUGGCAAGUUAAAUUUAACGAGAGGAGAUGUGUCGCAGCUGUUCAGAGAAACAGCCUGACAUACAUUGAGGUAUUGGACUUUGGCGCCUCUCGUGACGGUGCGCCUGAAGAUCAGCGCGGUCGCCGCAUCGUCGUUGACAGUCGAGGUCGCGAGAUCGAGGACGUCGAUGAAUCAGCUGAGCUUGUUGAGCCUCAAGCAUGA